AGCAAAACAACGUUCCGAAGAAUGAUGGUCUUUCUAGUUCGGAAUUUUUCGAGUUGUUAGCUGAGUUCACUAAAUCUUGGGUUGUGAUCAACUCGGCGCGUUCGGCUCGGUCGUUUUGGUUUCGCAGUAGCAGGGAGAUGACAGUGGACUGCAAGAUGAGCGCGAGUGUGAGGAAGAAGAUGGCUAGAUCGGCCACUUCGAAAGCUAGCAUCGAUUUGCUCUCACUGACAAAACCGGGUAUUUCAUCGAGGAUCUUGAUUCCGAAGCUGAUCAAUCCUAGAGUCAUGAGUUCUCGGUACACUUUCUUGAUCAUGUGCUGAUGCUUGUCGGAGGGUGGGAAUUGGUGCUCCAGUCCAUGAAGAGCUUUCCCGAAAACCACGAGACAGAAAGCCAGGACGCUCAAAUGCAGUAGGACCCGCCAGAACUCGACACUCUCGCCAACUUGGAAAAGGGAUUCGUCUUCCAUUGCGCCUUUCGUAAAAUGAACCCUUGGAGGUUUAUCGAGUGGUAAAAUGAAGCUGUAAUAACCCCUCUGGGAGAUCAUCAGUAUCAUUUCACUCGUGUCAAGGUGCAUUUUGCUCGACUGAGCCGGGCAAUGCUAUCUUCGUGCUGGUGCUUGGAUACCGGAUACGUGGCAUUCAUAGCAUCUUUUCAUGGCGUCGCCAUACACAAAUGGAAAUCUUCAACCCUUAACUACUGGUGGAGAGCACAAAAUGAUGCCACUUGCCACAAAAUGAUGCCGCUUUUGGAAAUGUGCUGUAGCGCCAACGGUGUUAACUGCUUCAAACAAUACGAACACGAUCUCACUCCAUAUAGAUAUAACCACUGCGGAUCGGCUCUGGCACGGCGAACCUUUCGCUUGAGCGUACCUAGUACGAAGCGAAUCGUCAGGAAUCGUGCAGGCAUCUUAGUUCAGCUGUAGUGGCUCUGCGUGCUCGAUAUAAAGCGCCUGGACUCCUCUUCAGAAGCGAGGUGCAACUGCAUCAAAUGACUCGCGGUUCCGGAAAGCAGCGUGGUGAGCUCCAUGCACGCACGGGUUGCAGGCCAGCUUCUUCGUGUUUAACAAGAAAUAUAUGAGUAGAGUGCAAGAGCGACACGCACUAUAGUUAUAAAACGUCGUCGGAAUUGCUCAAAACGCUGCACUGUUGGCAGUCAUUAGUACUGACAUCGUAAAGGCACCAAUGUGACUCGUUGGGUCGCCAACUGUCACUCUCGCACGCCAA